AUGGACUUCAUGGCAGUAAUGUUCUUAUCACAGACCACAUUUGGGAUUCUGGGGAAUUUCUCUCUCCUGUUCCAUUAUUUAGUCCUUUACUAUCAUAAAUGCUCACUGAAGGCCACUGACUUGGUCCUCAAGCACUUGACUAUUGCCAACACCUUAAUUAUUCUCUCUAAUGGAGUGCCCCACACCGUAACAGCUCUUGGAAUGAAACAGUUUAUCAAUGAGAUGAUAUGCAGAAUUCUUUUAUAUGUUCAAAGAGUAGGCAGAAGCAUGUCCAUUAGCUCCACCUGCAUUUUGAGUGUCUUCCAGGCCAUUACCAUAAGCCCCCCAAAUUCUUGUUGGAAGAACCUUAAAGCCAAAGCACCAAAGUACAUUGGCAACUUCAUUUUCCUCUCCUGGAUACUGUACAUGAUGAUACAUUUUAUUUUCCCUAUAUGUGUUUCAAAUGGUAAGUUGAAAAGCAAAAACAUGACAAAAAAAAGAGAUUAUGGAUAUUGUUCUGCUAGAGAUCAUGAUGCUAUCAUGGACUCAGUGUAUGUAGCAUUAUUGGUAUUCCCUGAAGUUUUGUUCUCUGUGCUCAUCAUCUGGUCAAGUGGAUCCAUGGUUGUAAUCCUUUACAGACACAAGCAGAGAGUUCAAUACAUCCAUAGCACUAAUAUUGCCUCCAGAUCCUCCCCUGAGUCCAGAGCUACCCGCACCAUCCUCCUCCUUGUUUCUACCUUUCUGACUUUUUAUACCCUCUCCUCCAUCUUACAUGCAUGUAUUGCUCUUUUAAAUAGUCCCUCUUGGUGGCUGAUGAAUAUCAAUAGAAUCAUUGCUGUGAGUUUUCCCUCCUUUGGACCCUAUGUUCUGAUGAGCCAUGACUCCACUUUCUGCAAACUGUGCGUUGUUUGGAUAAGAAAUAAAAAAUCACUUGAUGUGUCCCAAAAAGAGACAGAGACCUUGACGUCCUUCUGGGACCAGGAGCAGGUCAGAGGCCCUUCAGUACACUUUGUUUCCUUGAAGACAAAGGAACUCAUAAUUGGUUCUGGUAAUCAGCAACUGGAACAAGUUUUUAAAAAGUUCUCAGCUCCCCAGGCCAGCGCUGUCAUGGCCACUGCAGGUGAAGUGAAAAUUGCAGUCAGAAGGGAGGUGAGGACAGAGCAAGAAAGCAUGGAAAGUUUGGCAUGUCCUCCUCUUGGGACAAGGGAUCCUGUGUUAGAAACAGAUCCAGUGAUGGAGCAGACAAGGGAGAAUAAUGAUUCCUGGACUAAGAAAGGACCUAGUAAGAGCCCUGUCCUCACCUUCUGUCAAACCCGGGUGGAUCCUAGUGCGAUGCACUAA